GGCCACACUGAUGGCCUCUCAGGAUUUCCCGAAUUCCACAAUCUGGUAGUUGGUCACGUACAAAAUGUUUGGAUUUUUUAACAAUUUGGCGAAAAUUUAAAAAUGAUCGGCCACAAACACCUCCGGUUGCGUUACUACACUUCCUUGGAGGAGGCUAUGCUGGUGCGACUAUGGCGCGAGCACCUGCACGACAUUCCCUCCUACUCGGAGAAUCUGCCAAUUUUUCGCGACAUUGCGUUUGGACUCCAACGAGUCGGUAUAAAGCUGAACAAGCAGGAGGUUCGCCGGCGCCUCAACUCCUACCGAAAUAAGUAUUUAAGCGAACGAAGCCGGGCAGACAGCAACCCAGAGUACAAAUCGGAUUGGCGCCUUUACCCAUUGGUCGACAGUUUGUUCAACCCGCGGCGACCUAGCACAGUCGAGUGUAACUCGCGCAAUGUUGUGGAGGCUGCCGCCGCCAGGGCACGCAAUGAUCUGCCUGCGUUACCGCCUCUGCUGUACACGUCGACCGCCCAGGUGAAGUUCGAACGCCAGCCCGACGGAUGUGCCUUCCUGGAGCCACUGAACUUUACACCUAUACUGAAAACGGAACCACCAAACGUUCCGUGCGACUUAGUCAAGACUGAAGCUAAACCUACAGAGCUGGAACUGGCCACUGCGGUGUCUGGUUAUCCGCCACCAUCCUUUGAAAGUACAAUACGCAGAGCCCCUCUGGCGCCAGCCAACCACCAACUGGCUGCUGCAGCGGUGGAGAUUCCUGCCACGCCGGUCACUGCCAACGGGCUAACAGAGGCAGCUAAAAGAAGACGGGGACGGCGCAGCAUCAUGCCUCGAACUGGCCAGAUCACCAUGGCCAUGAUUGAGGUCCUGCGCAAAGAGAACCAAUCGCUCGAGGAGGACAACAACACGAACAGACUGCUGCUUGAACAAAAAGAGAAGCAGUUUUUGAUGAUACAGCAGAGCGUCAUGGCCUAUCUGGAGCACCAAGAGGUCAUGCUCUCGCAACUAUUGCCGCGUAAUAUUAAGAAGAGUUAAGGUGUUAGUUAUAACUUAUAAGUUUAAGAUGACAGCUAAUGAGGAAAAAAGCUUUAAGGGGAUACUUAAGUUUGGGAGUGCCAUGAAACAGAAGCUGCGAAGUAGAUAUAAGUUAAAAACAGAUGCUGCGAAAUAGAUGUUAGUUAAGAACAGGUCCCGAUGAGAAUCUCAGGGACUACUGUUUUCUUUUGUUCCUUUCAGACACAAGUCAAGUUUUGUAGAUGUAAGAAAUCGCUUAAAACCGAAGAUAUUUUCGUUCUUAAUUUUCUAAAUGAAUAAAAAUCAAACGAACUGUAGAAAUUAUGUUUAUGAGCUAAAAUUUGGAGGACCUUUAAUGAAAUAAGAGGGUUUUGUUAGCA